UUCCCAAAUACGGAAGUCCCGGAAGCGGCUGCCCGUGGCUCAGCUGAGUGACAGCAGGGAGAGCGCCGGGGACGCAGGACCAGACCUCCAUAGCCGAACCACAUCUCGCCAAGAAAACGUGAGAGUAAACCCUGGAUUCCUUGUCAGAGGACCGUUGUCAUGGAAACACUGGUUGAGCGUCUGGAGCAGGCAGUGAUUCGUCUGGAGGCGGUGGCGAUCAAACUGCAGAACUGUCCUGAGGGUUUGGUCAACGGGGACAUCAACAGCAUGAUCAACGGAGGUGAAUCCGAAAGCAUGGAGGCGUUCGACCAUUUGCUGAGUGGUUCAGUGUCUGAAUAUUUGAGGACCAGCACAGCUAUUGGUGGAGAUGUGGCAAAGCAUACAGAGAUGGCUGACCUCCUCAGACCCCUCUCCGACCAGAUCCAGGAGGUCCAGUAUUUCCGGGAGAAGAACCGUGGCAGCAGUCUGUUCAACCACCUGUCUGCCGUGAGCGAAAGCAUCCCCGCUCUGGGCUGGGUGGCCGUGUGUCAGAAACCAGGGCCGUAUGUGAAGGAGAUGAACGAUGCUGCAAUGUUCUACACAAACAGAGUCCUGAAAGAUUACAAAGACACAGACCCCCGUCAUGUUGAGUGGGUGCGUUCCUAUCUGAACAUUUGGACUGAACUUCAGACCUACAUCAAGGAGCACCACACCACUGGACUCGCCUGGAGCAAAACUGGUCCUGUAGCCCCUCCCUCGCUGUUCGGUGCUCCUUCUGAUGGUACUUGCCCUCCUCCUCCUCCCCCUCCUCCUCCUCCACCACCAGGUCCUCCUCCAGUGUUCAUGGAUAACAGCCCUAAAUCUGACGACACCGCAGCCCAGCACUCAGCUCUGUUUGCACAGCUCAAUCAGGGAGAGGCCAUCACUAAAGGUUUAAAGCAUGUGUCUGACAAGCAGAAGACCCAUAAGAACCCUAACUUGCACUCUCAGGGAGGGAGGACAUACCAGGGAUCUCCAGCCAAAUGUCAGAACCCCAGCUCAUCUGCCUGUGCACCUGCCAAGAAACAUUCCCCCGUGCUGGAGCUGGAAGGAAAGAAGUGGAGGGUGGAGCAUCAGGAGCAGUCUCAUGGCCUGGUGAUAGAGGAGACCGAGCUCAGACAGGUGGUUUAUGUCUUUAGCUGUAGCAACUCCACACUCCAGAUCAAAGGCAAAGUCAACUCCAUCAUAGUGGAUAAUUGUAAGAAGCUCGGACUCGUGUUUGACAAUGUGGUUGGCAUCGUUGAGAUCAUCAACUCCAGAGACAUUCAACUUCAGGUAAUGGGGAAAGUUCCUAUUAUUUCCAUUAACAAGACCGAGGGGUGCCAUGUCUACUUGAGCAAGGAUUCACUUGACUGUGAGAUUGUCAGUGCCAAGAGCUCUGAGAUGAACGUCCUUGUUCCUGAGGGAGAAGAUGAUUAUAGGGAGUUUCCAAUCCCAGAGCAGUUUAAAACGGUUUGGGACGGCUCCAGCCUGGUGACAGAGCCCACAAAGAUCGCUGGUUGAUUCCUUUUCCAGCUCGUCAUCUCUUUCCUCCUACCCAGAAUUCUUCAUGCACUUUCACUGUAUCACACUGUUAGCGGAGACGGAAGAAUUCAUACAUUGUGGUUGUGAGAGUUGUAGUUUAAGGUGCAAAAGGUGUAAAGUGCAAAAUAUGGACAAACAAGUGUUAUUUCCCCACAGAAGUUAUGAAACCUUUGAACAAAUCUCUGUUGGAUAUUUUCCCCCUUAAUUUUAGCAGCAAUAAAAAUACAUAAAUAAUUAUACAUUAAAAAACAUUACACAGGAUGACACCAUUAUGUGUGAAUAUGGGAAUUUUUCAGUCAGCAACUCAAAGUACUAAGUUUAAGUAAUAAAUCAACAAUUACAUUUUGAUAAUUUUUUCCCAUAUUUAUUUAUUUACAUUUUUUUGUCUAUGUCUUUUUGAUAGCAUAAAAUACUUUGUGUUGAUGUCCUAAAUUCUCAUGUUAAAUACAUUAGUGUAGUAACAUAAUAAAAAAGAUAGAAUAUUUUUAAUAUAUUAUGACUAUAUUUAGCUAUAACUUGUUUUUAUAGGGAAACCAGCCCUUUGUGUUUUGUGCAGUAACAUUUGACAUUUACUACAGAUUUACUUUUAGAUCAUAAUAUUUUCUUCUGCAAAAAAAACAUGUUUAUUUGGCAAGGUAAACUUGUAUCUUCAGGCUUUGGACGCAGAAUAUGUGCAAUCAUGAGCAGAGGAGAAAAAUCAAUGGACAUUUUACAAUCAAACCGCUUUUUAUUCUAGGAGUGUGACAACUGGUCUUUGUUCUGUAACUGAAUGAGUGCCUUUGGGGGUAUUUUUUUAUAUGAUUGUAUAUUAUUUUAAUAUAGUUCAAAUAUUGCUUUAUAUUUCAUUUAUAAUCUCAAGACCGCUCAUUUCUGAAACUUUGCAUUGACGGCCACCACAUGUCAAUCAACACCAUCAGGGUAGUAAUGACAUGUGCUGUGUUAUAACAUUAAGUAAAUACA